AUGGGUCGCAGAAAGAUCGAGAUCAAAGCGAUCAAAGAUGAUCGCAACCGUUCAGUGACGUUUCUGAAACGGAAAGGUGGUCUGUUUAAGAAGGCACAUGAGCUCGCGGUCCUGUGUUCGGUAGACGUCGCUGUCAUCAUCUUCGGCCACAACAAGAAGCUCUACGAAUUUUCGUCAUGUGAUAUGCGCGAGACGUUAACUAGAUACCAAUAUUGUGGUGCCCCCCAUGAGCAUAAAGGCCCCGAGGACUUCAAUGGCAAACGCGACGACGAUGAUGACGAGGACGAGACCACACCUGCCCCCGAAGAAGCACACCAAACACCUCCCCAAAAUGCUCCUCCGAUGAUCCCCACUCAUGUCACCACUCACCCCGGUUUCCAACAUGUCAACCACGCUCCUUCUGCCUCCCCCCCGAUCGGGAACGGCAUGCAAUUUGACCCUCGUCACGGAACCCCCCAACCGCAAGGAGUAUCGAGGCCAUCGUCAAGGACACAUUUGCGUCGGGUCAGUUCGAAUAUCGGCGCGCAACAACAUCAUGGAACCCCACCACCGCCCCCGCCUCCUCAGAAUGGUUUCACGUAUAUGCAUAACCCCUCCAUGUACAACAUGCAACAAGCUCCUCGACCGGGGCAAUUCGCACACUAUGUGCAUCCGCCUCCCGGCGCGCAUCAUCAACCACAGCAUAUGACAACGCAGGCUUUGCCGCCUCAUACAAUGCCUCAAUCCAUACCACAGCAUCUUCAAGCCCCGCCGCCGCAUAUGCAACGACAUCCCCAGCAUCCACACGUUCUCGCACAGCAACACGCUCCCAUGGCAAUGUCACAACCACCUCAUCCAUCAAUCCCGCAGGUCCCUCACGCAUUUUUGCCAGAUCAGGGUAGAAGCUCGAUGCCACCGUCAUUCGCAUCUGAACAACAACAACCCCAGCGAACGAUAUCGCUACCCGAAGGUUCUACAGAGCAGAUGGCAGGCCCAACCAAACCAGAAGGAAGCCAAUCUCCUCCGCAUCAAAGGUCUCUGUCCUCUAAAUCGCGCAGUAUAUUCACGCCUAUCGAUGAUCGCGGUUCCGUUCUCGCUCGACAUUUCGGUGUCGGUCCGCCUUCGUCACCUCCUUCGCAAGUCAAAGCCGAAGUCUCCCAAGGAGCCGAUGAGAGCAAACCUUCCGCCCAGACCACGGCACCCCCACCUCGACCCCCGACAGACGCGCCGCGCCCGCCCUCAGUAGUGGACAUCAAGCCGCCCGCACGAACGAACAGUGGCCAAAUAGCGUCUAAGCGGCCACAAUUGAAGGUGCAGAUACCCAGCGAAAGCUCUGAUCGUGGGAGUGCGACUGGAGACUCGUCGUCGCGUGAUUCAGCCGGGAAUAAGACGCUCACCCCCGCCAAAGCAAAUCCGGAUGGUAGCCAUUCGGGCGUCGUACUACCACCGCCAUCUCCUUCAGCCGGUGCAAUUCUCAGUGCUGGGGCACAAGGGCCCCCGAACCCGUUCGCGAGACCGCCUCCACCUGGCGCGGCGACACAGAACAACAAUUCAUAUAAUAACAACAACAUUGAGACCCCGAUAUCUGCGCUCCCGAGCCGUUUCGUGUCAGACGCUCUUCUACCCUCGCCGUCAAGCUUCUUUCCUGAAUGGGGCUUUGGUCGCUCGGGCCCGGACAGCAAUAUGCUUCCCAGUCCGCUGACGUUCCCAACACCAGCCGCACCGAGCGGACCAAGCUUUGCACGGGAAGACGAACAGGACAAGAAACGCAAAAGUCCCGAUAGCGGAUCCAAUGCCGAAGGAAGCGCGAAGAAAGCAAAGACCUAA